AUGCUCUGGGCUGCCAACAGUCAUUUCUUUGAGUUGCUGAAUAGCUGUGAUCACCUGGCAGCCGCUUCCACCCAGGAACCCCAGAGUAUUUACACGGGCGAAAUGGUGAUCCCCAAGGACACGCAGAAUGACGAAUUCUGGAAUAACUCGUGGGACAUGGGGGGCCUGAUAGUGAUCGGCCUGUUCAUCGCUACAUUCCUCUUCUUCCUCAUAUUCGCCAUUGUGUUCGGGUGUGUAGAAAGUACUGCGUGUGAGGAGGACUGA